AUGUCUCAAGGUAGCUGUUCAUCUCACGUAAAAUGUAAUUGUGGCACCAUUGCAAAACACCUCACUUCAUCGACUCCUAGUAAUCCCGGACGGAAAUUCUACAAAUGUCCAAGGCCUAAGGGCAAUUCUUGUGGAUUUUGGGAAUGGGAAGAUGAAUUGUUCCCUGAGAUUCAGUGGAAUAAUAUUCAAAAUUUAACGUCGUCGUUAGAUGCGGUCAAGCUCGAAAGGGACAAAUUGCAAGAAGAAUUAAUUGCCAUUGAGGCUAGACAUCUAAUUGAAGUGAACAAAAUGAAGGAGGAAUUAAUUGGCUUGAAGAUCACAGCUGGGCAGCUUCUCUAUGCAUUUAAUGUCAUACACAACAUUGCAAGACUGAACUGUCACAACACCAGGAAAUAUACAGCAACAGUGCAGUCACAGCUGCUAAAUACUGCAAGAUUAGAAUGUCAAUACAGUGCAAAAUUGCAGUCACAUUUGCUUAAUAUUGCAAGAAUAGAAUGUCAAUACAGGGCAGAAUUGCAUUCACAUCUUCAGAAUUGA